AUGAGUCUAGUUAUAAAGAAUGCAAUUAAAGCUCUUUCUGAUGGAAGAAUGCUUGCAUCGAUUAUAUGGUGGAUCUUUCUUCCUCUCAGCAUUCUAGUGGAUGCGCUGCUACAGCCUGCAGUGACCAAGCUCUACUACGGGUUUAGAAAGGGAAAACAGAUGAUUUUCUUCUCCGAGAUCUCUCGAAUAUCAGCUGAGACAUACGAAAGCCCAGAGAACGCAGUCAAAAGCCUCAAAAAGACGGCAGUGGAGCUUAUUCUGCUGUGCUCUCUGUCUCUUCCCGAUGCACUGCAGAAGAUGAUCGCAGAAUACUUUAAAAAGGAAAGCGGCGAAAAGAGUGCAGGAGCACCCAAGCCAGCAAAAAAGUCGUUUAAGGCCAAAAAUCCAAAAGGCACAUUUUUGGAGAAGUGUUUAACAGAAGCCGCAGAGAUGUUCGAGUGGAUUGCGAAGAUAAUUACGUCUGGUGUUAUAUCUAUCCUGUCCUACGCUUUCUACUACAUUCUCAUAUUCAUUCUGAUCAUGGUCGUAACGACAGUCGAAAUGCUCUUCUACAUGGCAAAGUAUCUUUUCACUGUUAUGUACACAUACGCCAAAAGUAUCCCCUUUAUUGGAAAUCUUUUAGUCGAUAUGCCUGCACAGAAGUCUCUUGUUUUUGUCGACGAUCUUCUGAAGAUCAUUGACCUAAACAAUUUAUGGCAAAAACAGUACACAGUAGAAAAAGUCAUAAAGUGCGAGAGAAUUGAAACAAUCAUUUCGAAAUACAUCAGACUGUGGCUUAUAUUUAUAUCCACAUGUGUGGUUAUUCUGUGCAGGGCUCUGAUAGAGCUCGGAAGGGUCAUAUCAGACACCAACAACUACACUGCAUUCACCAUGGGAAUUAUGGGCAUGCUUGGAUGCGCUGCAGUGUACGUCUCUUCUUUCUACGUCAGCGAGUACGACUUCUCAAUGUUCGCAUAUGAAGGCAUUAUUUGGCCAGGAUUUAAUGCACACUCCAGCCGCGCCCUUCUUCUUCUCUACGUUAUGUCAGUUGCUGCGUCUGUGUACUCGCUCUACAUAUCGAUCACCGAUAAGGAAAACGAAAAAAACCAAAUGGAGUCAUCAAGAGCCGAAAGAAAAGAGUUCAAGUUUGCAGUUUUGACAGCCCUCAUUGCCCUGCUAGUAUUCUUGUACAGCGGAUCCUUCCUCAAUGUUCUCACAGCCGGGCCUAUGAUAAUGCUCGCGACAGUCCCUAAGUCUCUGAUAUACGUGAUGACCAUCGGAGCAAUCUACGACAUAAGGAACAUGUUCUACCACAAACACAUAAACGAGAUAAAACAAAUGAAGAACAUCCUGGCGCUGGGUCUUCUUCUGUCCUGCUUCUGCUUUAUGUACAGCACACUCGCAUACCUACCGCACAUCUCCAUGGCGCUUGCUUUAUUUACGUACAUCCUGCCCGUUCCCUCUGCAAAGAUGGAAAGAGAGCUGAUGCCCGAGGGAAGAGGGAUGAAGAUCAAGCAGGCAAUAUACCUCAGCAUUCGAGUGAUUUUAAUAAGUGCUCUGGCCUCUUUCAUCACUCUGCACCUGCCCACUGUCCUUUUUAGGCCAUUCUUGUACCUAAAAGGGUCUCUCGUUGGAAUAAAGAAUCUGCUCAUUCUAGAAACAUACGCAGUAAUCUGA